AUUUGGUUCCCCAAAACUAUCCUCGAUUGCUCUGGUAUCUUACCCUCAACAUCCUACACGACCAGUCAUGGCUCCUUCGAGGUUUGAUCACGGCACAUUGAACACGAACUAUAGUAGCAUUCAUUCUCACGAGGCAUUCAUUGGGGACUACCAGGUCAUGUACACUCCUGGUUCAACCUCUCCGCAAUUCGAUCGUGUCAAGAAGUCCACUCGCUUCAGCAAGACUGCUUCGUCCAAGUCCCAGAAUCCCAGCCAGUCCUUCAUGCUGCCGACCAACAUCCCCAAUACCUCUCAGAUCAUGCCAGACCACGGUUCACUGCCAAAUGUCCAAAUCCACUACGCUAUCCCCGCCGAUGAAAAACAAAUUGUCGCGUCUUUGCGCACUCUCCAACGCGACCUCAAUGAAGCAAUGCAAACCAUCAAUUCCCUGACCCGCGAACGAGACGAUGCCCUUCUUGAGCUUAGGUUGCUCCGUGCUGCUUCCAAAAAACAAAACACCCCAGCAAAGAAGACCAAGACAGCGUCACGUGUGGAGGAAGAACUAUUUGAUAUCAGUAGAUCCAUGUCGUCUCCUCCUAGAUCUCCUGUUCGAAGGACGUCCAUGAAAGACACGUCUGCGGGCACCAAAGAUGCUCCGAAGACCACUAACUCUGAUGACGCCCGAGUUCUUUCUCCUGUCGUCAACAGACAAAUCUCACCAGCACCGGAAAAGCGACCGACCAGCAAGUCAGAUGUCGCUGCUAAGAGCAAAUCACAAUCCUACCAACGACCCACAGUCCAUGACACCGAAAACAGCGCCAUUGAAGACCCCACCGCCGCGUCAAAUACCUCACGCCGACGGCGCCGCCCGUCCCUUGACGAAAACAUGACUUCGGCAUAUAUCUUGCCCGAUAUUACAAUGAGUCAGCCGGUGAGGUCAACAAGAAUUCAAGUGUCACAAGAGGCUCAAAGUGUUCUGCAUCGUCAUGGCGACCCCGAGCACAUUGGUAACUGUACCGUCUGUCAACGCCUCACGGCUAGAAAACCAAGACAGGUUACGCAGCCUACACGCUCCACCCCUGCCCACGCUGCUGAAAAGACCGAUUUCACGGCUCAAAUUACCCAGCUCAUGAAAGACGCGAUGCUGGAGGAGCCCACCUUACGUCCCAAGAUCAACCCCUGGCAUGCCCUUGCUAACGUCAAGAAACUUUUGAUGGACCAAUUCGAAGAGGCAAAAAACAAGCAUGCUCAGGCCUGGGAGAAGUACGAUGCGAUUGAGGCACCCUUGAACAGCAAGAGACAUGCCGCUGCUAGUCAAGACUUGUUUUACUGGUCCAAGAAGAUGGAAGAGUGUCGCAUCAAUCUGGACCAGCUGAGAGAUGUAGAGGAGGGAAUGAAAGAGCAAGAAAGUGGGGUAUGAAGCUCGUGCUACGGCGAUUGACAAUGCUACGAAGCUGGAGUUGUUGCGGGUGUAAUGCAAAAGAGACUGAUGUUGAGAAAGUCAUGUCUCAAAGGCUAUGCUGGGCGGAUAUGUUAACGAAUUGCUCUCCAUGUCUGGGUUCCUUGCUGGUAUUGGAAAAGCCUAGACUGUGCAGGUCUUCAUUUUGGAAAUGAACGUUUCGGAAGGCCCACCGGUUCGCUUGGGAUAUCGGCCGGAAAAUAGAAAUCUGGCUCUGAGAUACCAGGGAGAACCUCGUUUUGCUUUGCAAGCAUGCGAAGCAAAUUUUCUUGUUUUUCCGUAUCUGGGAACCUCUUUCAAUAACUCUUUUGCCAUGGUUUGCAGGAGAAUGUGUCUCGAGAUGGACACUUCACCAUGGGAAUCUAUCAUUCACACAUUGCUCGUCCGUUCCAUGAUCGAUGAUACGAGAGCCAUCCAACGC